AUGUCCUCCAAGGUCUCACCACGGAUCCAAGAAGUCCGAGAUCUGGUGAAGCAGGAUCCCUCGAAAGCCGCACCCAGUUAUCAGAAGAUCCUCUCUGAGGGCCCCGGAUCUACAGAAGCCUCCUCGCGAGACUAUGAACAUGCUUUGAUUGGUCUGGGCGAGGCCUACCGGGAUGCAAAGAAGCCCCAAGAGAUCGCAGACCUCAUCAAGACCAGCCGUGACACCUUCUCGUCAUUUGCCAAAGCGAAGACAGCCAAGUUGGUCCGUCAACUUCUGGAUCUUAUUAGCGAAAUCCCCAACACACUCGAGCUCCAAGGCAGCGUCAUCCAAUCAUGCAUAGAAUGGGCCAUCACCGAGCGGAGAUCAUUCCUUCGCCAGGCCCUCCAAGCCCGACUUGUCGCGAUUUACAUGCAAAAGCAAUCCUACUACGAUGCUCUCACCCUCAUCAACUCUCUUCUCCGUGAGCUGAAGCGCCUGGACGAUAAGCUGAUGCUGGUGGAGGUACAAUUGCUCGAGUCGCGUGUGUACCACGCUCUGGGCAACCAGGCCAAGGCGCGCGCUGCUCUCACUGCGGCUCGUACUUCGGCCGCAUCUGUCUACACACCGCCAAACCUCCAGGCCGGUCUGGACAUGCAGAGCGGUAUGCUUCAUGCCGAAGACAAGGACUUUACCACUUCAUUCUCCUAUUUCAUCGAAGCUCUGGAAGGAUACAACUCGCUCGAUGAGGGUGACCUGGCCACAGCAACACUGCAGUACAUGCUUCUUUGCAAGAUCAUGUUGAACCUGGUGGAUGAUGUCACACAAUUGCUUGGCUCGAAACAAGCACAGAAGUAUGCUAGUCCACGUCUGGAGGCGAUGAAGGCCGUGGCACGAGCACACGCCAACCGAUCCCUGGAGGAAUAUGAAAAGGCUCUCUCGGACUACCGGUACGAACUCGGCAGCGAUGUGUUCAUUCGGAACCACCUCCGCCGUCUUUACGACGCCAUGUUGGAACAGAACUUGGUUAAGGUGAUUGAGCCUUUCAGCCGAGUUGAGCUGGAUCACAUCGCCAAGAUGGUUGGUCUAGAUACACAGCAGGUAGAGCGGAAGCUCUCUCAGAUGAUCUUGGAUAAGGUCAUCAUUGGAGUGUUGGACCAGGGCUCCGGAUGUCUGAUUGUGUUUGAAGAGACACAACGGGACCAGGCCUACGAUGCCGCACUAGACACAAUUGAGAAGCUCGGCAAUGUGGUGGAGGGACUGUAUACUAACCAGGCAUCUCUCCUGGAGUAA